AUUUAAGCCACUUUCCCUCAACAAACACCAAUCUAAUUCAUCGCAAUGGCGUCCCAAAUGUCGUCGGCAUGGACCGCUGUCGUCGUCAUCGUCUCGUCCCUCGCCGUCGCUCUCUCUCAUGAAGGUGGCGGGCCGAGCUUCGGCUACACGCCGGGGACCCCCGACGGCCCGGAGAAUUGGGGCAAGCUGAGCCCGACGUACAAGGCAUGCGGCGACGGCAAGGCACAGUCCCCCAUCGACAUCGUCAUCGCCAACGCUGUCCCUAACCCCAACCUCGACACCCUCACCCGCGUCUACGCCCCCUCCAAUGCCACCCUCCACAACAACGGCAAGGACAUCGUCAUGACCUUCGAGCAGGGCGGCGAGCCCGUCAUGCCGGGCUCCAUCAACGUCACCACCGCCGACGGCACCGUCAAGGAGUUCAAGUUCAAGAUGAUCCACUGGCACGCGCCGGGGGAGCACACUGUCAACGGCAAGCGCUUCCCGCUGGAGCUCCACAUGGUCCACGUCGACGACCAAGACCACAAGGCCGUCAUCGGCAUCCUCUACGAGAUCGGCAACCCCGACCCUUUCUACGACCAGCUGACGGAGAAGCUACGCGAGCUCAAGACGACGCCUACCGUGGCGGCCGGUGUGGUGGAGCUCAAGUCGCUGCAGAAGCGGACGGGGAGCUACUUCCGGUACAUGGGGUCGCUCACCACGCCGCCGUGCACGGAGAAGGUGGUGUGGAACAUCCUGGGCAAGGGCAGGGAGCUGAGCCAGGAGCAGCUGCAGCUCAUCACCGCGCCGCUGCCUCACCAGGACAACAGGCCGCCGCAGCCGCUCAACGGCCGCCAAGUCGCCUUCUACAACCCGCCAAACACCACCAUCUCCAUCCAAUCCCUAGUACAAUAAGCAAGACAUAGUACAUACUCCCUCCUCCGUCCCAUAAUAUAAGAACGUUUUUGACACUAUACAUAUCAAAAUGAGUAAACAUCUACAUACAUACCAAAAGGUGUUUGAAUACGUACAAAGUUGAAAUAAACAUACUUACAUACUAAAAUGGGUAUAUAUAUAUAUAUAUAUAUAUAUAUAUAUAUAUAUAUAUAUAUAUAUAUAUUAAUUUCAAUUUUGUAGCAACCGUCCAAAUGUACUUUUGGGAUGUGCAUGCACCACACCACAAGGCAGUCAAUGCUAUAUGUAUGUAUGUAUCUCUACUCCUAAUGGACGAGUUGAUUGAAUAGUCCCAUCACUUUCGCCUGGUUUAUUUU